GAGAUAGUGAAGAGGAAGAGGAAGAAAGUACGCGCCGACGCCGAUUCGGUCUGAACAACGUCAGACUUCUUGCAGCAGUUUCUUAGAAGGAGUUCUAGAGAAUCGACGAUCGGGGAGAGUUGGAUUAUUAUAUUUGUUCCAUCAGAUCCAAAAUGGAGCUUAUAAAGAAACUUGGUAUUGGCGGUGGUGUACUCUUUUUUUUAGGUAUUACCUUCGGUUGGAUGGGGUUUCCUGCUCUUCUCAAAUCACAAAUUAAAUCAGCUAUAGCUCUAAAAAAGAACUCCGAAAUGAGAGAAAUGUGGUCGAAGUUUCCAUUACCUCUCGAUUUUAAGAUCUAUCUUUUCAAUGUAACGAAUCCAAAGGAAAUUGCACAAGGAGAAAAGCCUAUUGUUAAAGAAGUAGGACCAUUUUUUUACGAUGAAUACAAAGAAAAAGUUAAUCUUGUGGAUAGAGAAGAAGAUGAUUCGGUCGAGUACAGUCUAAAAGCGACUUGGUACUUCAAUCCGUCGAAGAGUAAUGGUCUGACGGGCGAGGAGGAACUUGUGCUUCCGCAUCUUUUAAUUUUGGCAAUGGUGGUGACCACUUUGAGAGAAAAACCAUCCGCUAUUGGAAUUCUUAACAAAGCGGUGGAUAGCAUCUUCAAAAAACCCGAUUCGAUAUUUGUAAAGGUGAAAGCAAGAGAAAUACUUUUCGAUGGUUUACCUGUGGACUGUUCAGUGAAAGAUUUCGCGGGUUCAGCUGUGUGUAGUAUUUUGAAAUCGGAAGGCAAAGAUUUAAUGAGCGAUGGUGAUGACCAUUAUAGAUUUGCAAUAUUUGGCGCUAAAAAUGGAACAGUCUUGCCUGAAAGAUUGCGCGUAUUACGUGGUAUUAAAAAUUUUAAAGACGUUGGACGUGUAUUAGAAUGGGAUAGCAAACCAGCGUUGACAAUAUGGGGUGAAGAUCAUUGCAAUCAAUUCAAUGGUACUGAUUCUACCAUUUUUCCACCUCUUUUAACAAAGGAAGAUGACAUUGUAUCGUUCUCCCCGGAUAUAUGUCGCAGUUUGGGAGCUCGUUACUCGCAUGAAACUAAAGUCAAAGGGGUAAAUACUUAUCAUUAUACCGCGGAUUUUGGAGACAUGAGCACAAAUCCUCGCGAGAAAUGUUUUUGUCCUACACCAGAGACGUGCCUAUCGAAGAACUUGUUCGAUUUGACAAAGUGCGUGGGAGCACCCUUGAUCGCUUCUUUACCGCAUUUUUAUAUGUCCGAUGAAAAAUAUAUUCAGGAAGUGGGCGGACUACAUCCACUACAGGAGCUACACGACAUUAGUAUGGAUUUUGAACCAAUGACGGCUACACCCUUAAGUGCUCAUAAAAGACUCCAAUUCAAUAUACAGCUGCAACCUAUUGAAAAAUUCAAAUUAAUGAAGAACUUUCCUGAAGUUUUGUUUCCUUUGUUUUGGGUUGAAGAAGGUAUUCUCCUUGAUGAUGAAUUUGUGAAAAAAGUAAAAGUUGUUUUUAAAGCAAUCUCUAUUGUGGGAUUCGUUAAAUGGUUAAUGGUUCUUGGUGGAAUGGGUUUGGGUGGAACAGCGGCCGGGUUGCAUUUUAAACAUAAACAAUCGGAAAACAAACUAGAUAUAAGCAAGAUAACGCCUCAAAGUGACAGCAGGAAGGAUAGUAGUAACGAGAAAAAAUGGCAAACAAUGAAUAUUAGCACCAUACAGGCGGCAGCUGUUCCACCGAAUUUGGACCGAUAUUAAAAUUAAUUUUCUUCGUUUUUACUUAUCUCUUCGUAAUUUCAAUAAAUUAACAGACGAAUGCGAGAAUUUGUUAAAGUCUUAAAUAAUGUUUUAAAGUUUGUAUAUAAAAUCGAAGUUAUUUCAAAAUCAUUUAAAAAGUGGAGUUUGCGUGGAGUGAAUUCUUUUUUAAUUAAUAUUCCUUAAUUUUAAUGUCAAUUUAUGUAAUGUAAACUCGAAAAACGUCACAUUUUAUGAAAUUCUAUCCUAUUAGGUAAAUUAACUUAAUUCAUAUUAUAAGUAGGAUGUACCUAUAGUUUUUAGUAUAUUUUCCAAAGGAAGAUUGAAUCUUUGCUUUGAAAGACAUAUUUAAGUUACAUAUAUUUUCUUCCUAUAUUUAAAAAUCGAAGAUUCUCUCAAAUACACACGUUUUUUCUUUUAAUAUGCGAGUAAGAAAACUAAUACAUUGUUUUUUAUUAAAUCGCGUUUAUUUCUAAUUUCGCACUGUAAUUUCUUUUAUUGAAUUAUUUAAGGUACACUCGUGGUAAAACCAUGACAAUUCUCUUCAGAUUCAAAGAGUUUUGCACAAUUAUUAUACACACACAUGCACGCACGCACGCGCACACACACGCGUAUAGUUUAAGUAAAUUUCAUUAAAUUCAUAAAGUUCACAUAGAAUGUUUUCUAACAAUCCUAUGCGAAAUUUUCAUCUUCGCCGAAGAGACAGACUCGUUCCUACAGAGUAACAUAUUUUUAUAUGCACUUCUGUAUUCGGAACUCAUAACAACGUAAACGACAGGAUUGAUGCACGUUGUCAAAUAAAUGAGAAUAUAUCCAGCGAUAUUGAGGCCCCUCCACUCGUCGGCCUCUUUAAAAAGUUUUGUGACGGUGAUCGGUAAAUAACAAAUUAGAAACGAUGAAAAGAUAACAAGUAUCAUCUUCAAAAGUUUUUUAUCUUUCCUUGACAUCCUUGGCCCAUUGUCCAUAUUUCGCAAUCUACCAAGGCUCUUGAAUUUGGACUCCCGGCGAAAUACCUUACCUCUUGUUUUCAUACGACGAUCAGAAUUACUUGAUCUUGAACUAGCAAACGUUUCGGAACGUUCCAAUCGCGUCCCGGACUCUGUGAUUCUUUGAAUCCAAAGAGUUGACUCGACCACAAAAGAAGCACGGCUUGCCAUUCCUUCGAGUCUUUUUUUAGCAUUCAAAGUCGGUUUUUCAGUAAAGUCCUUGAUCUUUCUGGGAUCAGUGCUCAGAAAUAUGUUCGUAUCACUGAUGUCUGCGUCGCGAUCAUCAGCGAACGGUAUGUCCUCUAUGCCUUCAUAAGCUAUUCUCUCCUUAUCUUGUACAGAUGGAUCGUGACCAAUUGAACUCUCCUCUUGCAAAUCGUUUUCUUCGUUUCUCGAUGAGUCCUCUUCGGACGAAGGUGGAUUUCCCAAGGAUGAUUCUUCGUAAGUCUGUCCGUUAAAAAUUCGCGAAGUUUGUUCUUCUUUCGUUUGACGAUUAGAAAAUGAAACGCAAAGUCCUGCCGCGACGCAACUCGAACCAAGCAUGGACAAUUCUUCCUCCUGAUAUCUCGGUGUGACAGAUCGUUGCUGCGAUCAUGAAAUAUCAUAAUUUUCAAAGAAGAAAUUUAUUAAAUCAAAUGAUAAAUAUACGUAUAUAAAUAUAAAUAACGAUAGAUUAUGUACCUCGCGGUUCCUGUCGCCGACAUCAAUCGUGUUAGAUACUUUAUCUUGUCUACCACUUUUCGAUGCUGUCUUACGGACGAUGUAAAAGAUUCUCGCGUAACAUACUACGAUUGCAACGCAGGGAGUCAAGAAUGCUAAUACAAAAAGGAACUCCUUUGGAUUUCGUCCAUGCACAUCCGGAAGAAUCGAACACGAACCUAUUGCAGGAUCUAAGCCAAAACGGCCCCAAUGACCGAACCACGUGACGAUCAAAGAACUGAAACCGAGGAUCCAUGUUGCCAAAACCAUUGGUAUCAAAGCCUGGGAUGUCCGAUCAUGACGUAACGAUUAAUUGCGAUCGACAGAACGGUAAAGAGGCUGACAGCUACGAGGCCGUAUCUCAGCAAUGGGAAUAAACGACACAGCAAUGCUCCAUGCAACCAAUAUCCAUGCCAGAAAGUUGAGGUGGCAAGUGGUAGAUUAAAACAACAAAACAGGAGAUCCGAAAAUGAUAAAUUCAUUAUGAAUAUCGCAGUGGCGUUCUUCAACUGGAGAUAUUUUUUAAUGAAAAGCGCUAGAAAAUCUUCCAACGAAUCUCAAGUGUAUACUAAAAUGCAAGAGAUAAUAUAGAUAAUAUGGUAUAUAGUCGGCAGACGUUAUACACGUGUGUGAAACGAGUUGCAUGCGAUAAGGAACUUAACCGUAAUGACGUGGUUACGUCUAACCCUGCCCUCGCUUUUCAAUCAAAUGCCGGUAUAUAAAAGAGAGAGAGAGAGAGAGAGAGAGAUAGAUAGAGAGAGAGAGAGAGAGAGAGAGAAAGAGAAGAUAUUUCAUGUAAAUAACGAUUAUAUCUGUGUGUGACAUUGAUCGCAUAAUAAAAUCAGCACGUGUUCGCUUAAUGUUGAAUUUCGAGUACAAAAGUAGCAAGACAGGUGAGGAUUGACGUAAAGCACGAAGGCCUUACUAGUUUAAUUCGAGAUCAUUGAUUAUAUCGACUGUCAGAUUCAACGUACAGUAUUCGUACGUACAUGAAAGCUCAUGGAAACAGAGGACACGUGUGCGCGUAAACGCACACCAUCGUUUCCAAACUUAACUUCGUUCCGGGUUUGCAUCUGACGUACUUCGAAAGCCACGUUUUAUAUCGGAAUGGUGCAUGUGCCGACGACCUUUCGAUCAUUGGCUCCUUUUGCUCUUCGCCAUCUGCCACUUACGGCAGAGAGAGAAAGAGAGAGAGAGAGAGAGAGAGAGAGAGAGAGAGAGAGAGAGAGAGAGAGAGAGAGAGUGCGCGUGAGAAAGAGAUAGAGAUAGAAGUAGAGAAACAAGGAAGAAUAAUAAAGGGAACGAAGCAACGAAGAUAUAUUAAUCAAUCGUCCACAUAAAUUGGUACUUUCCUACUACUUCUUCGUAUUGAUAAACUUUCGGUUACAUAGUAACUUCAUGUUUUAUCUCUUUUAAAGCUUUCACUUUGUUUUUAAAUGAAAAUCUUUACAUAUUUCGACAGUAAAUUUUUAUACAUUUUAAUAAUAAUCCAAGAAGAAAAUAUUCAAGCUCGUGACAAUGUUACCAAAAACUUAUACAAUGUAACUCAUACGGGUGUAUUCUCGAGACAGAAGAAUUUGUAAGAUGAGAGAUUCGAGGUGAGCCUCUGACGUUCAUAGCAACUUCAGUAUGUUCCGGAAAUUUAAGUACCGAGACAAGCAGUAUGCGUGACAAAACCGCCGGAGUUUCGUGUCGUUGCGUUCGUUAGAAAAUUCGGUGUCUGCUCGACUCUUGCAAGAGAGAAUAAUUGACCGACCUUCUUGGUACGAAAGAGAGCAGCCACGGUGAUAAGAUUCCCUGGAAUGCCAAUGAGCAUAAAGAGAAUACAACAGCCAGCGGCAAAGUACAAAAGCCACGGUGGAUAACCAAUGAAAAGAACCACUGAUCCUGGAUCCUGUAGGACCUGUUCGAUCGUUACAUUGCUCCUGUUCAGAUCACUUUUGUUGCUUCCCAUCCAAUAUUCCAGCAUCUGUAGAAUCGAUUAUAUCGAUAAUAUUCGUCGAUGUGCAAGGAGCUGGAAUCGUUCUCUUUUUUCUCUCAACGGGGCAUCGGAAAGGAAGAGAGAGAGAAAGAGAUCUAUUUUCGCCAUCCGAGACGAUAAACUCUUUUGAGCGAGAAUAAACGUUUGAGAAACGUUCCUAUCGUCUCCCAAAUAAAAUCUCACUUAGAGAAGAAGCUGUUUAGUAAUAGGACGAUGGUAAAGCGACUAUGAUUUACUUAAGGCAUAUAUAUUCAUGUAUUUUCUUCUUUUUUUAUUCGAAAAUCGCCGAGAAAAAUAAUGACUUGAAAAAGAUGUAGUAUGCGGUUUAAAGAAAUAACUAAUCAGUUGCAUAUGCAGGCCGACUGGAAUUUGCUAGCGUUGUCUCAAGAUCAUAAAAAGAUAACCACCAAGGUGCAUCUAGACUAUGAAUUUAUUUUCCUACCAAGUGAUACGAAUUUGGAACAAAGUUAAAAUACGAUCGAGAUCAUUCCGGCGAAUUCCAUGAGUCGACUGAAUGUAAGUCGCCCGGAUCCGUCAGAUUUUAGAAUGAAAAGCGGAUGCUGCGCGUGCGCCAAGAUGCUAAUUUCCUAGGAAAGUCGACGUGACUUUCUUCUUGAAUUUAAAACUCUUCCUCAAAACGCACGAGAAAUCAAGGUUUGAAUCAGUGAACUUACUUAUGUAUCAUCGCUUUGAUUGAAGCGGAGGCGUUGGCAAUUUAAUAGAGAGCAUUACUAUGCCCCGAUGUAUGUAUGUAUGUAAGAAAAGGUGCCUUCUCGGAGUCACGUUCUUUGUGAUUGAAAGAACGAUAUUGCGCAAGAAAUGAUUUACGUGCGUGGGCACGUAUCAAAAUGUGCGGAAUUAGCUAAAAGACACAGAAGUACAUUCAUUUUGUUUUUCUUUUUUUGCUUUUUUUUUUUAUUCUUUGUACGGCAAUAUUAAUUCAUAAAACUUGAUUGAGCAGGGUUUAUUGUUCAAAUAUACGCCUACAGCCGAUCGGACCCACUGAAAAUACGGUCCCUACAUCCUUUUUAAAAAUAAUUACAUUUCGUUACCAGACUGUGGUACACUUUGCAAGGGGAGAAACCAGAUGUAUACGAGCACGCGUAACGGAAGAGGGAAGACUGCGACCCCUGACGAAGUCGGAAGUGACACUAUUAUUCCUUUUCUCUUUGACAUGCUUGUAUUAAUCGCUCGUGAAUUUUAUCUAAAUAGAUCGUGAUUAUUUCCUAUAAACACGUUAAAAAUUUUUAUUUCAUGAGUUACACAUAAAAUACUAAACAUACACAUUUUUUUUUCGACGUACAUUUCCUGCAUGAAACAAUGUAGGAUAUCAUUAUUUAUUGUCAAAUUUAUUUUCAAUGUAUUUAAAUGUUAAAACAAUAAUCGUUCGAUAAGAUAAUCAUUUUCAGCUGAAAGAUCAUAAAGUCAUGCGGGUUCAAAGGAAUCUAUUAUAGAAACAAGAUCGAACGAUACGAUCAUUACAAUAAAUUAUUAUCGCGAUUGACCAAUAAUUUGGCAAUUGCGAUGCACCAAUAUCGAAUAAAGUCUAUUCCAGACUAUAACGAUAAUCUAAAAUCUCCCGGAUCAGAUGCAGAUCGUGGGAAAAUUAAGAUGUAGUUUUAUCUUCGAGUUUGAUCAAUGCAAGUUUCACUAAGUUUGAAGAACACUUCAGACUUGGAGUUUCGUUUAUUAAUCAUUCACGAGUAUAUGAUCUUUUAUAUAGAAUCCUUUUACAUAGAAUUCGAUACAAUAGUGAAAAAAUAUCUCAUACAACUUAAAUACGCAUAUAUUGUAAAUGUAAUACUUUCAAAUUAAAUCUUUUAAUCCUUUUCACAGACAUAAUUUCCAUCAGAAAGAAAAUAGAUUUUAUCAAUGAUUUAUUUAGAUGAAAACUCAGAACCAUUGAAGAUCAAGCUUAUGCGGGUCCAAGUGAAAUUUUGACCACCCAAUAAAGAAUUUAUCCAGCUAGAUCUAUGAUGAUCGGCAUACUUGUUCCAAGAAUUAUCAUCAAUAUUUCCACAAGUUGAUGAACCUUCGGAUUAUUUCUGGCAAUUUAUUCUACACAAUUGAGUCAGAACAUCGAAAGUUGCUGUCGAAUAGAAUAGCAUAAUAUGAUAUAAGAUAUCAGUAUUCGAAAGAAACUAUCACUGUAAAUAUCUAAUCGAAGAGGAGAGUAGGAAGACAACAUCUUGCUGGGUCAGUCGGUUUCUCGAGCACGCAGCUGCAGUUACUUACGACGGGACUACGAGUUGCUUUCGUUAUCCAGUAAAGAACGUAACACCUUCCCCUUCCAGUUUUCCAUGUGGGAAGACCCCCCACCCCCACUCAUCGUGGGGCCCGUAUCCAGUGUGGUCGCGUAAGUUCUGACGGGAGGUUACCCGUUGCCGACAGUUCGUUAAAAGUGACGGUGACGCGCGCGACUUCAUUCUUUCUAAACAUUUGUAACACGAGAGUGUUCCCUGAUACAAAGAAUCGCUAUUGUGUCAUUAUAUAAAACCUUGUAAAAAGUUAUAAUCGUUCAUAUUUCAAAAAAAAAAAAAAAAAAAAAAAGAAAAAAGAAAAAGAAAAAAAAUUGAAUAUCUUUCGUUUAAACAAAAUUAAUAUUUUAUAGAUAUAUUUAUUCUAUUUGUGUGAAUCAUCAGCUCGUACGUGAAUCGUUGUAAUACUUUUAAUGAGGAUCACGAGGAAAGUUCGUGAAAACUACGAAUGAGGAUAAAAUCGAGAGUUUCUACGAACGUGGGCGAAUUCAGAAUCCUGUUCUGUGCGCUUCAAAGACGGAACGUCAAGAUGAUCCACUUGCGGUGGUAGUAACGAUUACGGAUCCUUUGUGAUUACUCGAAGACUAUGGUAUCGACCGUCUCCAUUGCUAUGAAUCCCGUCAAAAAUAAUCAGUUGGAAGAGGCACUAUAGGAGAUCUAUUUGAAGGAACCAAAAGGAUUUCUGAAGGAUUUAAAGAUCGAAGUCAAAAAAUGAAGGAAAAAGGAAAAUGUUUGAGAAAAUGAAACGAAGCAAAGUUUUGAACAAGUCGAACCAUGGGUAGAACGUAGUCGUAAACAAUAGAAACUAAAUGUAAAUUAUUUGCCGACUGAAAAGGACGACGCGUCUCGUAGGAUUACAAAAUCGAGACCAAUAACGCGUAUUUAUAAUGUUAGUUCGAAAGCGAGCUUCGUGAUUCGCAAUACCAGUGAAUUGAACCAAAGUAAAACCACGUAAAGAUUAAGAAAUAAGUAAUACGCAUUUAUGUUUAUUCGCAUUGAUAGAUUGCGGGAGAGGGGGGAGGGGGCAAUAAUAAUUUAAUAAUAAUAAAAGGGCUAGUCGAAAAUCAUUUAGGAAUAAAAUCCAAUUUGUAAAUAUAUUCAUGUACUGUAGCGAUUUAGAUAGAUUUUAUUAUAUUAGUAUAUGUUUAGAAAUAUUUUAGAUAAUUAAACUAGAUGAUAAACCAAACUCAAUUAUGAAAGGAAGGGAGAAUCAAUUUAGGAACACAUUGAUUAAAACUUGCAACAGCCUGUCUUGCCACGCUCUAUGGGACCAUCGUGGAGCCUUAUGGAUUCCCGUAUACCACCUUCGAUUUUAGCUCUCAGGACAUUUUCCACCAAGUGGCGUAUCGCUUCGUCUAAAAGACAAGAAAUAAAGAAUCGUGCGAAAUCUAAAGUUUCAAGUCACUCGUUCUUCUUUCGUUAUAAGUGUUACUCACCAACGUUCGUAUUCUCUUUCGCCGAAGUAAUGUACCAUUCACCGAUAUUGUUCUCCUUGCAAAAUUUAACGAUCUGUUCGGUUGAUACGGCGACAUGUCGAAUGUCACAUUUGUUCGCCAGAAGAACAACGGGUAUGCUCGAUCCGUCCGGAAGCGUGACUUUUUCUCUUAAAUCGCUUAGCCAUUUCUUCAUCGACUGAAAAGUCGCCGCUCGUGAGAUAUCGAAAACCAAUGCCGCGGCGACGCUAAUAAAAAUACGAACGACAGGACUGACUUAUAGAUUAAUCCGAUCAUCUUCUCGGCGAAUUUUUACAUGACAUCGGAGACAUACGCGUAUUUGUAGUAAACCCUGGUCAUAUAUCCAAAUCUCUCGUGACCGGCGAUAUCCCUGAAAGUAAGAAACAGUCGCAUUCACUAAGACUCGUUGCUGAUGAUUUACGCGACGGUGAACGUUCGCGCACAAAUAAAGACAUUAUAAUAAUAAAAACGACAGUACCAUAAUUGCAAAUUUAUUUUAGUAUUUGAAUCCCAAUUGAGCGUUUUUAUCGCAAAAUCAGCUCCUAUCGUUAUCUUGUAAUUCGAAGAAAACUUUCCUGGAAAAGACAGUAGUUGUGCAGUCGACGCAGAUAAAGAGCCCUGCUUCGCAGGUGCGACGAGCAGUUGUGCAAUGACGUAUAUAUUUCUUUAGAGCGGAUAAAACAGCUUAUGCGUACAUGGCUUGCACGUAUCAUCAGAUCAUUCUAAUCUCGUGCGACCGCCUAAACGCCUCAAGGUACAAUGACAUUAAAGAGAAAACGUCGGAUUACCUUCUGUGUAUCGUCGUACGAGAGCCGUUUUGCCUGAAAUAAAAGAAGAAAAGUGAAAAUGCGAAUGGAUAAAAGAUGGAAUUCGUAAACGUGACAAAUAAAUAUCACAUCAAAUCUGACCGAUUCUCUUAUCUCUAGCAUGUCGAUUAACGUUAUCAAAUUUGAAUAAGUAGUACGACGGAGAUUGCUCGCGUUGCAAUUGACAUGAACUUUUCACCUUUACUUUUUUCAACAUGGUUACAGAAAAUCGUAAUACGUUCAACGAAGAAAAUAAUCACUCACCGACGCCAUAAUCACCGAUAACAAGAAAUUUAAAGAGAAGCUCUCUACGUCCAACAUUUGAGAGCACUACAUCGGAAUCUCUUCUAAGUUUUCUCGUAUCCAUUCUCUCUUCCUCCCGUUCCAGUUCUUUCUUCGUUCGUAGAAUACGAAGAAUGAUCCACGGAAUAAUACGUUAAGAAAAAUAUUUGUAGUAUGUAGAGUCUCAACUUAGGUAGUAGAAGCGAUAAACAACAGUGGAGAGUCAACUUUCCGACCUCCGAGGGUCGUACCAAACCCCUCCUCUUUCGGUUUAUAUCGUUCCUCUACUUCUAUCUUCUUCGUCUCUCAUUCUAUCUUGUUGUUUCUCGUUGUAAACAGCUGAUCUCGCACAAAGUUCGAAUAUAUAUAAUCGUAUCGCCGACAGUGAAAUCUUCUUAACAAUAAAACGUCAUUUAUCUCGUUUCGAACGAAAGAAUAAUAAAUUAUACAAUUAAUACAUGAAAAUAAUUUUAUUUCUCCAACAAUUCAAUCAUUUACAAAAGGAUUUAAAAAAGUUCUUUACAUCGAUAUAUGUAUGUGAUAUACGAUAUAUACGUGCAAUAGGCAUUUAAAAAGAGAUAAUCUUAAUUUAUUAAUAAAAAAUAAUCGAUCGAAUAAAAAUGUUAAUUCAACGAGUCCAUUAUAUUUUGUAUCGUAAAAAAAAAAAAACAUGGUAUCUAAAAGAAGAGCCACUCUUUUGGAUUGAUAACAGUCAAUGUCUCUAUUUCAUCUUCAGAAAAUCCUCUCAUCCUAAAUUUCGGGAGUACGUUGUUAAUGAUAUGAGCAUAACCAUGACCUCCAUAAUUAACCUAGGUGAAGAAGCAACGCAAUAGAAAUAGUUGUUAAAAAGAAAAAAAGAAAAAAGAAAAACAAAAAAAAAAUUAAUUAUACGUACCAAACGAUGUUUAGUGUGAAUA